CAAGGACUCGACGCAUGCGCAGUGGGCUCAGCUGUUAUGAAACCAAGCGGUCCACAGGUAAAGUGGCAAGAGGAACACUUCGGCAGUCCGACGGACGACAAGAGGACGGAAUGCUCCUUAGUUUGGGCCUGACUUAAAUAACAGCUGCGGGGCGCCACUGCGAGACAAACAUGGCCCCCAAUUCCAUCCACUGGUUCCGGAAGGGCCUGCGUCUCCAUGACAACCCGGCCCUGAGGGAGGCGGUUCACGGGGCGGGCACGGUACGCUGCGUUUACUUCCUGGACCCUUGGUUUGCGGGCUCCUCCAACGUCGGGGUUAACAGGUGGAGGUUUCUCCUCCAGUGUUUGGAGGACCUGGAUGCUAACCUUCGGAAACUCAACUCCCGCCUCUUUGUCAUCCGGGGCCAACCAGCCAACGUGUUCCCACGGCUCUUUAAGGAGUGGAAGAUCUCCCGACUAACCUUUGAGUACGACUCGGAGCCGUUCGGGAAGGAGAGAGACGCCGCCAUCAAGAAGCUAGCGAUGGAGGCAGGCGUGGAGGUCAUCGUAAAGAUAUCACACACCCUCUACGACCUGGACAAGAUCAUCGAGUUGAACGGCGGGCAGCCCCCUCUCACAUACAAGCGUUUCCAGACCUUGAUCAGUCGGCUGGAUCCUCCCGAGAUGCCCGCCGAGACGCUGUCGGAGAGCCUGAUGGCGCACUGCGUCACCCCCGUCUCGGAGGACCACGGGGACAAGUACGGGGUGCCGUCACUAGAGGAGCUUGGCUUCGACACCGAGGGCCUGCCAACCGCCGUGUGGCCGGGUGGCGAGACCGAGGCUCUGACUCGGAUAGAGCGCCAUCUAGAGAGAAAAGCGUGGGUGGCCAACUUCGAGCGUCCCAGGAUGAACGCCAACUCGCUGCUGGCCAGCCCGACGGGCCUCAGCCCUUACCUUCGCUUCGGCUGCCUCUCCUGCCGCCUUUUCUACUUCAAACUCACUGACCUCUACCGCAAGGUGAAAAAGAACAGUUCCCCUCCGCUCUCGCUAUACGGACAGCUGCUGUGGCGGGAGUUCUUCUACACGGCCGCCACUAACAACCCGCGCUUCGACAAAAUGGAGGGCAACCCCAUCUGCGUCCGAAUCCCCUGGGACAAAAACCCGGAAGCGCUUGCCAAGUGGGCGGAAGCCAAAACGGGCUUCCCGUGGAUCGACGCCAUUAUGACUCAACUGAGGCAGGAGGGCUGGAUCCACCACUUGGCUCGCCACGCCGUCGCCUGCUUCCUCACCCGAGGCGACCUGUGGAUCAGCUGGGAGGAAGGCAUGAAGGUCUUUGAGGAGCUGCUUCUGGACGCCGACUGGAGCGUGAACGCCGGCAGUUGGAUGUGGCUCUCCUGUAGCUCCUUCUUCCAGCAGUUCUUCCACUGCUACUGUCCCGUGGGCUUCGGCCGACGCACCGACCCCAACGGGGACUUCAUCAGACGUUACUUGCCCAUCCUCCGAGGUUUCCCCGCCAAGUUCAUCUACGACCCCUGGAACGCGCCCCAGUCGGUGCAGGCGGCCGCCAGGUGCGUCAUCGGCGUCCACUACCCCAAGCCCAUGGUGCACCACGCCGAGGCCAGCCGCCUCAACAUCGAGAGGAUGAAGCAAAUCUACCAGCAGCUCAGCCGAUACCGAGGACUCGGUCUGCUGGCAUCGGUGCCGUCCACCAACGGCAACGGAAACGGGGGAAUGAUGGUCUACUCGCCCGGGGAGCAGCCAGCGGUCCCCAACGCCGGCAACAAUAACAGCUCCCCGCACAUGCCCGGCGUAUCGGGAGGACCCGUCGCCACCGGAAACGGCAGCGGGAGCAUCCUGUUGAAUUUUGACAGCGAGGAGCGGUCGAGGGGGCCCGGCGGUGUCGGGCAGCAGCGACCGCAGCCAAUGGUGCAGCAGCACGGAUACCACACAGUGCCAGAAAACAACACCGCUGUUGCCGGCAGCCAACUGUACCACGAGUUUGCCGUGCCUCAGCAUCCAGGUCUGACCCACAUCAGGGGCAGCAUCACAGGAAAACGAGAACGCGAGUCGGAACGCGAGGGCUCGGGCGAGGAAGAGUCAUCGUCCUGCUCCACCCACAAGAUGCAGAGACAGAGCGCAGAGACCACCUAACAGACGAAGACACGAGCGACGAGAGAAGACGACAUCCACCCACGUUCGUCCUUUCCGGCUCCUCGUGUAAAUCGCUCAAACCACCCAGGUGAAAAUGUGGCACGCAGACACGUUUUUUGUUUUUUAAAAAAAAAAUAAGACCUUAAAAAAUCCCAACAAAAAUCUCCUCGGUUGUUGUUGGAGCUGGACAAUUUAUUUAUAAUAAAAGUCAAAACAGGAAAAAAAAGACCAAAAUGUAAAAAAAUCUUUGCUUUUAACGGCUAUGUGUAUGUAUUGUAUAUAACAAUGUCAUUUGAAUGCAGGUGUAAUUCACCCCAGCAGCCAGCAGGGGUGCUCCUUUCAGGAACAUUAGCCCUCCUUCCUACACGACACUCGAGAUUAGCUUAGCAUAACAAACAGCCAGCGCCCUCUUUUUCUACUCUUUCAUAUAAAACAACCAAAAAAUCACGGAAAAAGACACAAUAGAGCGUGAUGCUAAUGCGUGAUGCUAACGAAACAUUCCUCACAGCCGAGUCGGACCUCCACUAUUACCAGGUUUGUGGCGCGGAAAUCCAACCCAAGAAUGUACACUUCUCCACCGCACUAUUACGUCGACUGCACAUCAACGACAACGUAGAAAAAAAACGGGAACGUUUCGCCUGAAGCCCCAAUCUGCCGUUGCACUUUUGCGCCCUCUUUUGUCCAAGUGGCGUUACUGCGGCGUUAUCUGACGAUUGGAUCGUUUUUUUUUGGGUCACAGUUUUAUUUGGAUCGCAUUCAAAUUGUCGUGUGUUCGUGGCGAUACUUGUGAUGUCGACUUGGGCCAAAAAUUUCCUUGAAUUUAUUUAGUUUUCGGGAAUUUUACAUAAUUAUAAAAAUUUCGGAAUUUUUUAUGCUAGUUUUUUCUGUUAAAUUUUUCCUUUUUUUUUUUUUGGAAGCUGCAGAUUGGGGCAACAGAUCAUACGGCGACUGCCCGACACUGUUGCGUCAUUGGUGGGCAAGGGGGGACGGGUCAAACUUAUUGUCGUGUAUCUGUACGAUAAUUGUGUUUGUGUGUAAAAACGAGUCAAACAAUGCUAGUUUUUCUUUAUCACAAUCAGCAGAGAAACAAAAACGAUGGGUUCUGGAGGCUGGUGCUUGUUCUCUGUCCUGCUGCCUCGUGAUGUGAAAGGCUUCUUUUGUGAUUGACAUCCAAUAAACAAUUGUUUCAA